CUCUCUUCAAAUGAAAAUUAUGACAAUUAAACAAGAACGAACGAAGUAUCGCUUACAUCAUUUGUCUGUCUUCAAAAGUAAACCAUGACAACUAAAUAAGAACAGACGGAGUAUCCAUUACAGUGUUUGACUGUCUUAAAAAGUAAACUAUGACAACUAAAUAAGAACAGACGGAGUACCGUUUGACUGUCUUCAAAAGUAAACCAUGACAACUAAAUAAGAACAGACGGAGUAUCGAUUACAGUGUUUGACUGUCUUCAAAAGUAAACUAUGACAACUAAAUAAGAACUGUCGGAGUACCGAUUACAUCGUUUGACUGUCUUCAAAAGAAAACUAUGACAACUAAAUAAGAAUAGAUGGAGUACCGAUUAUACCGUUUGACUGUCUUUAAAAAGUAAACUAUGACAACUAAUAAGAACGGACGGAGUACCGAUUACAAGGGCAUAAUGGUAAAUUCAUUGGUCCAUUAUACCAUAUAAGAAAGAAGAAGAAGCUAAAUUACUUAACCAAACAAUUUUCCAACUUAUUCUUCUUGUUUUAUCAUUUCUCUCUUCCCCACGCACAAAAAAAAACAAUAAAAAAACAAUUCAAAUCCAAUUAUAAUCACCCUACCUCGUAAAUCGUGCCUAGUACUUUUUUCAGUACUUAAAAGUACUGAAUUCAGAUCAACUCGAAGAAGUUCAGUAAUUUUGUACUUAUUACAUAUAUGGAGAGUACGGAUUCAUCAACCGCGACACGACAUCAGCAACCUCAUCAGCUUCCACCGGGUUUUCGAUUUCACCCCACCGAUGAAGAACUCGUCGUUCACUACCUCAAGAAAAAAGUUGCGACCGCUCCGAUACCAGUUGAUAUUAUUGCUGAAGUUGAUUUAUAUAAGUUUGAUCCAUGGGAACUCCCUGCUAAAGCGAUUUUCGGAGAACAAGAAUGGUAUUUUUUUAGUCCAAGAGAUCGAAAAUACCCUAACGGGGCAAGGCCAAAUCGGGCAGCAACAUCGGGUUAUUGGAAGGCUACCGGAACCGACAAGCCGGUAUUUACCUCCGGUGGAAAUAAAAAAGUUGGGGUAAAAAAAGCGCUUGUUUUUUACGGUGGUAAACCACCAAAAGGGGUAAAAACUAACUGGAUUAUGCAUGAAUAUAGAGUUGCAGAAAAUAAAAUAAAUAAUAAACCUCUUGGUUGUGAUACUAUUGCCAACAAAAAAGGAUCAUUGAGGUUAGAUGAUUGGGUUUUAUGUAGAAUUUACAAGAAGAAUAACAGACAAAGGCCAAUAGAUAUUCAUGAGAGGGAUGAUAUGAAUGAUAUAAUGGUACCACCAUUAUUUUUUCAACAAAAAACACAAGAAAUUAAACCUUCAAAUUAUGGUACAUUGCUCGAAAACGAAUCGAAUAAUAUGUACGAUGGAAUUAUAAAUAACACGAGCAAUAUGAUCAUCAACAAUAAUGAACAGUUAUCGUCAAAGUUGUACUGGAAUAAUGUCGAUGAAACAACAACCACAACAACAACAACAACAACAACAGACGCGAACAAUGGGGACGAUGGACUUAACAAUAUGAAUAAUGCGCGAAUUACUCAACAUGAUCAGAGUAGCUCCAUCGCCAGUUUCCUGAGCCAACUUCCUCAAAAUCCGUCAAUUCAACAACAACAACAACAACAACAACAACAUGUAUUGGGAUGUUUUAACGAUGGAGUUGUCUUUCGACAACCUUAUAAUCAAGUUACCGGCAUGAAUUGGUAUUCUUGAAUAUUGGUCAUCACAACUGUCUGCUCAGACUGUAACAUGCAGUAACAACAGACAGUGGAACAGAACUAGCAACAGACGCAUUCAAUUUCAACUUUAAUUUCUUUAGUGUGUCCUACUUCAGACUUCUUAUCAAUGCUUUUAACUUACGUGCACUGACAAUAUAUACUUUUUAAGGUGACCUGUAACUAGAUAUCAGGUGUUGAAGAGUUAUAACUUGCUAUAAACGAAAUAAUCAAAGCACAACCCAUGUUGGUACAUUAAUUAAACACAAAAUCUCCCAACUGUAUAAAAUGAACCAACCAUAUGGUAUAUAUACUCAACACCAUUUAUUAGGUUACUGUUGGGUUCAAUUGGCGUGAAUGAAAAAUGAAAAGUUACUUGGAAGGGAUACAACUCUUCGAGUAAAAGACACACUAUUUCGGAAAAAGGUAUGACUGUUUAGAUGUUGCGUCUGUUUGAAAAAGACAUACUCUUUCAAUUGGACAGACAUGACUGUUCAGAAAGGUACACAUUUCCGGUGAACCAUUGGCACCUUUCGGAUGGGGCACUUAAUGGCUAUAUAAACAUGCCUUUUUCCAUAGAUUUAGUAUAAAUUUUUCUGCACUUGAAAACAUUUCUUGUCUUCUAAAAUAUUCCGUGCGAUCAUCUAACAGUUGAGUGAGUUUGAAGAGAAUCCGAUCGUUUGAGGUACCACUACAGUCGGAUUAUUAAGUCAUUUUAUUCUGGGAGGAAAAAUCCUCAACCUCGGGUACUUGAGGAAAAUUAUUUCCUUAAGGACACUCCGUGAAUUCGAAGGAUUUGACUUUUUCUGCUUCAUUUAAUUUCCUUUAAAAUACUGAAAACACACUUCUUUAAAAGAUCGUUUUUGAUCUUGUGUUAAAAGUGUGGAACACUUCAUAAGUGUUCUUGAUUUAUUCUUGAACUUGUGUUGAAGUUGUUUUGCCAAAAUACAGAUUUUUAUGUACCCGAAAACAACAGCUACAACAGCACCAACAGAGGAGGUAGGGUCAAGGCAGGCGGGGAAACUUAGAGAAAUCAGGUGGUCUACGUUCAUUGUAUGCAUUCUUGCCUUCGCUGCCUUCUUCAGUGCCAUAAAA